AUGGCACCGCCACUUCCACCUAACAAACGAUACAUUGCUACACAUGACGCCAAUGGCAAGUCUGUAUAUGCCAGCUCUCCAGACCAAGUCUAUAUUGCUCCAGCUGGAUCGGCCAUCAACGUGGCUCGAUCAUAUUCUGUACCUAACGUUCCAGUCAACUUUGCUGACGACGAGGAUCUGAAAGGGUACUUAGCUGGUCCGGAAAGUGUGUCGAGCUUCCAACGCACAGAAAUCGUUGUACCUUCCGAAGGAGGUAAUAAUAACGGUGCCAAUUGUCUUGUGGUUGAUCUGCAACCUGGCGCGUUUUCCGUCAUGCAUCAAACUGUGAGCAAUGAUUUCUCGAUUUGCGUGAUCGGAACAAUCGUCCACGAACUGGACAGUGGUGAACGGGUAACAUUGAAAGCUGGUGACCACAUCGUGCAACGAGGUACCAACCAUCGAUGGAUCAAUGCAUCAAAGACUGAGCCAGCUCGGUUUGUUGCGGUCACGAUACCGUCUGUUCCUCUUGAGAUUGGCGGAGAGGUACUGGAGGAGGUUCACAUUCCGGAUCAGUCAAGUUAUCAGCCAAAGUUGUAA